UUCUGACUGUCUUGUGAGCCCAGCCUGGAAAGAGAGGGGUGCAGACGGCCGAUCUUGUCUUCCAGAAUGGCCGGGGUGCUGAACUCGGACGGCGUUAGCGCUUUCUCUCCUCCCUUCGCUUCCUUUCACGGGGUGAUGGAGUCGGCGGCGACGGCCGCGUGUACCUUGCUGUGUCCCGGAGCUUUCUGGCAACGCGUCUCCGGCCCGCAGGAGGAGAGGUUGCUGAAACAGAUGAGCUACGCCAUGGUGGGCUUUAUAUCUGUGACGGUAGUGUUCGUCCUCCGCCGGGCCGGGGCACCAUACGGCCGCUACGCUUCAGCCUCUUACGGCUACCCUGUUCCUGCCACCCUGGCCUGGAUGGUGCAAGAAGCGCCUGCCUUUCUUUUCCCUGGAAUGCUCGGGCUGUGUAGCGGCGGUAACCGUCUCAGCUUUUGGCCCAACCGGUUUCUGCUAGGACUCUUCCUCGUCCACUACUUUUACAGAUCAUUCAUCUUUCCUUUCAUAAUCCGUGGAGGAAAAUCAACACCAUUUUUUGUAUUUGUGUCAGCAUUUAUAUUCUGUUUAUAUAAUGGGUAUUUGCAAGGCCGAAGUUUAACUAAUUAUGCAGAAUAUUCAUCCAACUGGCUAACAGAACCACGUUUCAUUCUUGGGAUUGCAGCCUGGCUCAGUGGUCUCCUGAUUAACAUGCACUCUGAUUAUAUUUUGAGAAACUUAAGAAAACCAGGGGAGACUGAAUAUAAAAUCCCAAGAGGAGGAAUGUUUGAAUAUGUAAGUGGAGCUAACUUCUUUGGGGAGAUUAUUGAAUGGUGUGGAUUUGCUCUUGCAUGCAACACAGUAGAAAGUACAGCUUUUGCCAUCACUACAUUACUGCUAUUAGGAAGCCGAGCAUAUCGGCAUCACCAAUGGUAUCUCAACAAGUUUGAAGACUAUCCACGUUCCAGAAAAAUUCUAAUUGCAUUUGUGUUCUGAAUUCUGUCAGACUCUGUGCUUUGAUUGUGUAUAAUGCACUACAAUUGCAGGGGGCAGGGGAUGUUAGC